CGGCAAGACUGAAAGUGAAUUGCGCCCGGUGUUGCAUUUUCCGGGCAAGGCAACACGGUCGGGAGUUCCUGGCUGAGCUUUGUUAAUCGUUGAUGUUUCGUUUAUUUGACGUUUACUAACGUAAAGAAAUGAGGAGCAGCUGGCAAAUCAAUCCCCACAGAAUAAAAAAGAAAACAACAACACUAAAGCAAAUGCCAACAAAAGAACGAGAAAAAGACGUUUCGCUGAAAAUUGCGGCCAAUUCGCCCGUUGGGGAGAAGUAAACAGCUGCUUUGUGGCGAAAUAGGAUGAGUGUAGUUGCCAUAUAAUUUACUAUGCCCAAUACGUAACAGCAGCAAAUGUCAAACAAAAGCAAGACGCGACUACCCGAAACUACAGCACACUGAAAGUAUUAGCAUGCAUUUACACAUGGCAACUCAUUAAACCUAUUCCAAAGAAAGGGAUAACCCAUCUUACGUACGCAAGAGUUUUAGUUAGUUUUGUCCAUUCGGGCUUAAGGAACUCACAAACACGUUAAAUUUUUCUAGUAAUUAACGCAUGAUUUAACCGUUACUUCCAUGCAGGUAUUAUACAGUUCUAUAAGUUACAUUUACGUUGUCUAUUAAUAUAGGUAGAAUUUGUGUAGUGGCAAUUUUUUUGCAGUUAUAUAUAUUGAAUAUCGUACUUAUCAACAAAUCAAAAAUUAGUUGCGUAAAGCUAAAACAUCUGGCAAUACCAACUAAUUUUAGUUGUAGAUGAAUUCGCCGCGAUAGGUCUGCCAUUCACAAUUAAAUUCUGAUUAGAACCCUGUAAUUUAGAAUUGUUAAUAAGAAAAAAUUUUAUCAUAAGGACAGAGAAUGUGAAUGAAUUCAUUUUUUGAUUUCCCCUCAUCUCAAAUUACAAAUUAGUACUCAAAAAGAUUUGAUUUAACAUUUGCGCCUUUUCUUUUAAUCAACAUUCUCUGACGAAAGAGUUACAGCCGUGGCAGAAACAGUUUUCGAUGGUGGCAAUAUUUCUCUGUCGUAGGAACAAUGCCAACAAAAGUUGUCAGAUAGACAGAGCGUCUAUCAACAUAAAUAAAGUCUAAACCGCAUGUCCUUUUUUCAAUUUCAUUAUCUUUUCUUCUCUUUGAUUUCUCGGUCCGAAGACGGCGAACUAUUUCCUGCGUUAACGAAUUUGAGCAUAUUCAGAUGAACCAAAUGAAUUUCCAGAAGACUAUUUUUUUACCGGCUGUAACCGGCAGCUGAUGGGGUAUUUCCGCUCCUAGAUGUAUGAUAUACCCAAUUAUCUUCUAAAAUGGAAACGAUUUAGUGAUCCUGUAAUUCUAAAAACCCUACUGCCCCUUUUGCUAGCUUUCUGCUGAGGCUAAAAGUAUACCACGGCCGAAAGCAUAAUCGUAUAUUCUCAUUGUAGUUAAUUAUAUUGUAAGACACCUACUUCCGUAAACAAUGGCUUUAUACAAAUCGCAGUUAAACAAUAAGUCGCCUACACGCGUUUCGAAAUCAUGACAACAGCUUUUAACUUAUGAUCUUGACAAGUUUGUAAAUAUAAUCAAAUUACCCGCUAUGGCAAACGCUUCGUUACAGCUGCCUUGCGCAUCGCAGAGCUUAGGCACAGUCAACAGUUUGGUGUCCACGUUGAUCCAAACACUGCUAACAGCACAAUGUGCUAUUUCGGCUGAGCCGAAUUGGCCAAAGGAUUAUGGUGAUACGGCGAUAACGGAGGGACUAGGAAAAUACGAUUUCAUUGUUGUAGGUGCCGGUUCAGCAGGUUCGGUGGUGGCCAGUCGUUUGAGUGAGAAUCCCAAGUGGAAAGUGCUGGUGUUGGAAGCUGGCGACGACCCGUCACAAGAGUCAGAGAUACCUGCUUUGACUAGUACUGUGCAGCAAAGCCCUCAAGCCUGGUAUUACUAUUCCGAACCGCUUCCGCAUAUUUGUCAGGGGCUUAAGCACCGCCUCUGCUUUCAUCCACGCGGAAAGGCAAUAGGUGGGUCGGGCGCAAUCAACGGAAUGAUGUACGUGGAAGGACAUCGCAAGGAUUUCGACGAUUGGCUGGCCGCAGGCAACACAAAAUGGGGCUGGGUGGAUGUCAAGCGCUAUUAUGAGAAGGCUGUGCGUCCAGUGGGGAAUGACACACAUCCAAAAGGCUAUGUAGUGCUGAAGGAGAAUUAUUCAAAUGAAAAAUUGGCGAUAGGCAACAUGAUCUUCAAUGCCACCGCAGAGUUGGGCUUGCCAAGGUUGGGAAAGCUGGAGAAUGGCAUAGAAAUAGGUACAAUAUAUUUGCCAGUAACCGCAAGAGUUGGUAGACGUAUGUCCACGGGCAAAGUGCAUUUGGCUAAAGUGUCCGGGCGUUCCAAUUUGCACGUGAUAAAAAAUGCGCAUGUGCGUAAGAUACACUUCGAACGUGGCGGUACGGUAGCCACCAAUGUCACGUUCGUGCUGCGUGGCGUGAAUGAGAUGAGCGUCGAAGUGCGCAAGGAGGUAGUGCUUGCAGCUGGCACUAUAGACACACCGAAGCUGUUGCUCUUAUCCGGCGUGGGGCCGCGCAAGCAUCUCAAAAAGCUGCGUAUACCGGUGGUGCAAGACUUAGCGGUUGGCGCGAAUUUGGGUGAUCAUGUGAUCACUACGAUCUUUUUCAGGUUACCCAACCACACUUUAGUUGAGCCGAGCCAAUUGCGCCCCACAGAUGCCAUCUACGAUUAUCUAAUACAUAAUCGAGGCAGUUUGAGUGGCAUUCCCAGUGGUCUUACGUCUUUCAUAAAUACCAAAGGUGAUAGCGCGGUUCCAGACAUACAGUUCCAUUUUAAUCUCUACCGAAGUGAUCAUAGGCAGCUCUUCCAAGGCCAUGUGUCUAGGUGGGAUGAAAAGAUAAUUGCGCGCAUAAGUAGAAAUUUCCAGGACUCGCAUUUGUUAUCCUUCAUGUUGAUACUGGCCAAACCGCGUUCCGUUGGCAAGUUACGACUACGCAGUACCGAUUACCUAGAUGCGCCACGUAUGUACUCCAAUUACCUUGAUGAUCCCGAAGAUAUAGCGACUAUGCUGCGCGGCAUACGCUUUCUCGAACGCCUGGAGCGCACGAAAACCAUGCGCGCGCUAAAUGCAACUCUGCUUCAUAUACCGUGCGAUGAAUGCGACAGCUAUAAGUACCGUUCGGACGCCUAUUGGCGCUGUUACAUCAAAUAUUUGGGCGAGGGUGGCUUUCACCACGUCGGCACGUUAAAAAUGGGACCAAAGAGCGAUCGAGAUGCUUGUGUGAACCCACGCCUACUACUGUAUGGCGUACAGAAUGUACGCGUAGCGGAUGCCAGCAUUAUGCCGGAUGUGCCACGCAGCAACACGAAUGCGCCGGCAAUUAUGAUCGGUGAGCGCGCGGCCGACUUUAUAAAGGAAGAUUGGAAGGAGUGCGUGAAGCAAGUGCAGCCGAUGUGGGAGCAUUUUUCGAAUUAAAAUAUACAUACAUAUAGAUAUAUAAAUAACGUAAUUGCAUUUACUGGCUAAUGAAAUCAAUAAUUGAGUGGAAAUUUGGGUUUCAAGUUAAAAAAAUAAAUCAAAAAAGUCUACUUUUUGUGAAGAAUUACGUUUAUGUAAGUAACCGUGGAUUAAAGGCAACAAUAAUUUCACUCUCUGAACGCAUAAAGAUGGUCGCUCAAAUUAAUUUCCAGAAAGUUUUAGGUUAAAUCUUUACGUAUUUCAAAAUUUUGUCACACAAAAAACAAUAGCACGCAUAAGUCACUAACACCACAAUGGUUGUGGACUUGGAUAAAUGUAAACAAUGGUUAUUGACUUGGCUAAAUGUAAACAAAGGGCUACUGA